AAAAUUUGAAGACGAUACAAAAAGUAGGGUAGGGUUACUGAUAACUUAGUUGUAAAUGUUACUCACAAAUUCUUAUCCUUUUUCAACUUCGUUCUUGUCAAAGUGAGCGUUACCCAUUGAAGGUCUUUGUUUAUUUAGGUAUUUUCGCUUUUUGCAUGCUUUCGAGUUAAGCAAGGAUCCCAAUAACCUUGCAGCAAGUAACUAGCUAGUACGUGUCGAGUGUCAACCAAGUGAAAAACAUUGGAACAUUUGGUUUAGAAAGCUUUUCUGUGUUUGAAAAUUGGUCUUUAAGAUGUCGCCAAUUCUUGUUGUAGAUCAAGAAAAUGCUCAGGAAUUCAAUUCCUUCUCCUUUGAAGGGCCCGAAAAAUUGCUUGAGCUUUGGUUUUCAGCUCCUCUCAAUUCCGACAUUGAGAAUGGAAAUACAAAGGUUGGACUGAAAAGUGUAGGUCGUGAGUUAUGGGAUGAUAUGUUAAGCCGUGCACAAUGCAAGGUGCUUAGCGUAGUUUCCAGCAAUGAGGUUGAUGCAUACUUAUUAUCUGAGUCUUCUAUGUUCGUUUUCCCUCAUAAAAUUAUUUUAAAGACUUGCGGAACUACAACACUACUGGCUAGUUUACCGCGCUUAUUGGAAAUUGCUUCAAGUAUUGGAUUUGCUCAUCCUCUUCGUACAUUUUAUUCGCGCAAGAACUUCUUAUAUCCUGAGCGCCAACUUGCUCCUCAUACAAGCUGGGAAGACGAAGUUCGUUAUUUACAAGGCUUUUUUCCUCAGGGCUCUUCUUAUGUUGUUGGACCUACGAACAAAAAUCAUUGGUAUUUAUUCUCUGAUGUCGCUGAUGAAUCAGAUUUGUUCGAAAGUUCUUUAGAUCCGGAAGAUGAAACUUUAGAAGUACUAAUGACUAACAUGUCUCCUGAACGCUCUCUUCAAUUUUACGCACCUUCUUUAGAUGUUGUUCACCAAUCGAAGGGUGAAGACUAUAUGAAACCAGAAAACACUGAUCAACCCGUCCUUUCCACGGGGCAUAUCCUUGGAGCAUAUGUGGCUGAAUUAUCUGGAGUUAAAGAUUUGUGCAGCACUGAGGAUGGAAAAGCUGUACUUGACGGUUUUCAGUUUGAACCUAUUGGCUUCUCAUCAAACAUGAUCUAUAAGGACCGCUACGCUACAAUUCAUGUAACACCUCAAGAUCAUUGCUCUUAUGCUUCUUUUGAAACAAACGUAUCUAAAUCUCAGUUUGGUCGCUCUACCGUGAAAACUAUUGAAAAGGCUGUCAAUACUUUUGGAGCAGGUAAUUUCUGUCUCACUCUGUUUCAGGCUAAAGGAUCUGCUCAUGAAAAGCAGCUAUAUGAAAAGUUAAAACAUUUUGAAUCGUAUAAACGGGAGGAAUUCAUAGUUUACGACUUCCCUGGAUAUGAAUUGGUGUUUGCUAGCUUCUCAUCUGUUUAGCCCUUUAAUUCUGUAUGUUAAUAAGUUUAUAAAAAAAUAUAAUUAAAAAUAGAAAAUUAUCACUUUUUAAAGAUUGGUAAACUGUACAAUAUACAUUAGCUG